CUUGCCAUGUUCCGCAGGCUGGGCUGGCUGGUCCUAUACAGCCUUGCUGCACUGCUGCUCAGCUGCCUGCUCUUCUUGAAGAGGGAGGCCAAGCCCGCAGGGGACCCCACAGCCCGCCAGCCCUUCUGGGCUCCCCCCGGGCCCCGCCACAGCCAGUGUCCACCCAACUACACAGCGGCCGACGCCUCCCUGUCCCUGCCUGCCCGUCACCGCCUCUUUCUGACAUACCGCCACUGCCGAAACUUCUCCAUCUUGCUGGAGCCUUCAGGCUGUCCCAAGGACACCUUCCUGCUCCUGGCCAUCAAGUCACAGCCUGGACACGUGGAGCGGCGAGCAGCCAUCCGCAGCACCUGGGGCCGGGCUGGAGGCUGGGCUAGGGGCCGGCAGCUGAAGCUGGUGUUCCUCCUGGGGGUGGCGGGAGCCACGCCGCCAGCCCAGCUGCUGGCCUAUGAGAGUGCGGAGUUUGAUGACAUCCUCCAGUGGGACUUUGCCGAGGACUUCUUCAACCUGACGCUCAAGGAGCUGCACCUGCAGCGCUGGGUGGUGGCGGCCUGCCCCCAGGCCCACUUCAUGUUAAAGGGAGAUGACGACGUCUUUAUCCAUGUCCCCAAUGUGCUGGAGUUCCUGGACGGCUGGGACCCAGCCCAGGACCUCCUGGCGGGAGAGGUCAUCCACCAGGCCCUGCCUAGCAGGAACACCAAGGUCAAGUACUUCAUCCCGCCCUCCAUGUACAGAGCCCGCCACUACCCACCCUAUGCUGGGGGUGGAGGAUAUGUCAUGUCCAGAGCCACCGUGCGGCACCUCCAGGCGGCCAUGGAAGAGGCCGAACUCUUCCCCAUCGAUGACGUCUUUGUGGGCAUGUGCCUGAGGAAGCUGGGGCUGAGCCCCACGCACCACACUGGCUUCAAGACAUUUGGAAUCCGGCGGCCCCUGGACCCCUUGGACCCCUGCCUGUACAGAGGGCUCCUGCUGGUGCACCGCCUCAGCCCUCUGGAGAUGUGGACCAUGUGGGCGCUGGUGACGGAUGAGGGGCUCAAGUGCGCAGCUGCCCCCAGAUCCCAGCUCUGAGCCUCUCGAGAGUGGACUGACUCAUGUUGAUUUCCUGCCAUGAGAAAUUGCUCCUUGCUGGUCUACAGGAAAUGCUGACUUUGUUUCUGUAACCCCUCCCAUCUUGUUAGCGCUGAUUAAAA